AUGGAGAAUAAUACCGAGUUAGAUCGACAGACAACCACAUCAUUCGCAACAAACGACCAGCACGACGAUGACGAUACCGAGGCAAGAUGGUUAGCAGAGCUUCAACGGAAACCGUGGUACAAUCGCCCUAGCCAUUACUGGCUGUUGCCAUGGCUAGUUGUUGUAGGCAUCACGAUGAGUUUCAGCAGUAGUUCGAUCCAGCAGCUAAAGAUAAAAACCGUAUGCGCUCAUCUGCUGGGACUUGAGGAUGGCGGUGCUAUACCUAGGAACUUUACAUCGGCUAUCGGAGAUGUGCGAGCAUUCGACCCCGUCGAUCCAUGUGGAUCAAAAGAGGUCCUCGGUUUUGUGGGUCAGUUAGAUGGGAAUAUCGGAGCCAUUAAUGGCGUCUUUACCUUGCUGACACUCGCUAAAUGGACCUCUUUGAGUGAUGUGUUCGGUAGAAAGUUUCUGCUACAUAUCGGCAUGUUUGGUAUUGCCGUGUUGUUCCUGCUCAACUGGUUUGCUGCCAGCCAGUUCAACUUCAUGGGGUACCACAUUUACUAUGUCGAAGCUGUCCUCCUCGGCCUGAUUCCUGCUGGUGCGCUUAUCAACCCCGCUGUGUACUCUUACACAGUCGACUGCACCACGGGCAGCAAUAGAAGCCGUACGCUCGGAUACUUGGGCACCAGCUUCGCCCUCGGUAACAUCGUCGGGUCUGCUUUGGGUGGCUCCAUUUCCAAAGCCACGGAAGAUCUGACAGUGGUUGUGAAGAUCUCGCUAGUUUGCACUGCCUUUCUGGCCGUCUACCUGUCCGCAUUGCCCGAGUCUCUUAAAACAAAGCCAGCCUCGUUGACCCAAUGGAUGACAAGCCAGACUGGAGGACAUCACCAAACGACCAACGCUACCAUCUCCACUCAAGCAAAAGAGGCAACGUCUUUUGUGCAGACCCUCAAACGGGUCUUUUACCUGGCCAAGGCAAACUUGUUAACCAUUUUUGACCCAUUAUUGCUCUUUGUUCCUGGACAUGUCCCCAAGUCGGAGAAAAUGGCCACGCGUUAUACCCCUGCUUUGAUCGUGUUCGCAAAGUUUUUCUCGAUGAUUGGUCUUGCUGCGAGCGACGACGAGGAAGCUGCGGCGCAGCCAUUGGUGCAGGAUUCGGAUGAAGCUCAGGAAUCUUUGCCCAAGAGUACCGAAAGCGACCUGAGCAGUAUGGAAGCCAUGAAAAUGGACCUUGUCUUUGCGGUUGGCGGGCUGGCUUUGCUGGUGUUUGCCUACCUUCUUAUUCCUCUCAUUGCCACCGAAUUUGCUCUCUAUUUCAGUAAGUAA